AUGCUGUUGUCGAGGAAUGCCUGGGCCUUGAAAAAGUCUGUGUCCUACGGCGGAUACUUGACUACUUUCACACACACAGAAAGACCAUUGCGGUCCACUUGCCGUCUGCCGGUGGAUGGAGUCCAGGCGACUACACCACGACGAUAUUUUGCGGCAUGCCCGGGAUUUAGUGGCUUUCUGUUUCGAGUGUCUCAUGACCCGUUCAGCAGUCCCCAGCUUAGGAUAGGUUUGCCUAGGGGAGACAAAGCAACGACGCUGUGGCCGGGACGGACCUUGUUUAUCGAUUACAUGACGCAUUUGCCGAGGUCGUCGAUGGGCAAUACGUCAAUCUUCACAGCUGUCGACGCGGGCGGACCCGUUCUUUGGGCCACGGCUUUGCCGGCAGCCACUGCGAAGGCAGCGGCUAGGGAAGUCACAAAUAUCAACAAGUAUGCGGAAUGGGGCGGAUAUGAACUUAUAAGGUGCGAUAACGGAUCGCACUUCUUGGAGGAGUUCAUAGAUGAGCUUCAGUUCUUACACACAGAAGAACUUUCAAAGAACGCGCCGGAGACCCGACAUGGUGGCUGUUGGCAGCCGACUGCCCUAGCUGUUGUUGAGACCCCGCUUGCCGAGAUCAAUCACGGAUUCCGAACGGCAUUGUUCACCGCAGACUGCUUCGUGCGCUCAGCAGAAGGUAUGCUCGAAUUUCAGGAAGACCUUGCUGUCACCGAUUUGCAGAACGAUUCUUCUUGGGAUACGCGGUUGCAGGGCAUCGUCCGCCGCCUCUGCGAUAGGCCCCGCUUGUCGGACGGCGCUAGUAACCUCGUAGCGUACCGCGGCCGAGGUCUUCGCGUACAGGCCGUAGAGCCGCAUCUGUUGUGCGUCCCGGUCACCGACCCUGCGCCCGCCGAGAUUGGAUCUUCGUUGGCAACAGCUCUUUGUCGCACAGUUGCGGAGCGCAGAGCCCAGAUGGAUGCAGCUAACGUUGCAAAGCGUAAGCAAAGGAUGGGCGAUGUGAGAAACGAUCUUUCGCUCUGGUUGCGCAAGGGCCAAUUCGUUGCACGAUUGAGGCCUUCUCCCAGGAAGUGGGAGCCAAAAUUUAUUCGCCAAUUUUUUGUAAUUGCGAAGGCAGCGACAAACUCGGCAUACAUCGAACGGCUCGACGGUCGGACAUACACGGGCUUUAAUCCGAUAUCGGUCAGCCAGAUUGUGCCGAUCUCAAUGGCCCUUUCCGCUACGCGUGCAUAUCUGGUAGGCAACGGACUAAGUAACGAAGAGGUCAACAAACAGCUUCGCCACCUCUUGGCACUUGGCGUUGUGUACAUUCCUGAAAAUGCUGCGAUCUCCGAACUCAGAGACACAGACCCAGCGGCAGGAGACAUGUUCAAAACGUUCACAAACGAAGCGGGUACGAUUGUUGGCGUCUGGAAUGUGGAUGGCCUCAACCGGACGCUCGAAAAUUUCAGCCGAUGGCGACGCCUUCAACUUCUCUUGCGAACGACGCACAUCCUUUUUUUGCUUGAAUCUAAAAUUUCGAAACGAGAAGAGCAUCGUUGGACAGUUGCACUGUUGGAACUCGCUAACGAAACGUGUCACCACGAUUGGAGUGUUCAUUUCGCAAGUUCGGUAAUGCGCCCCGGUAACUUCGGCGUCGCAGUCCUUGCUCGUCGAGCUACACAGGCGUCACUCGAAUCCGGAGUCUUGCGUAGUACGGCAGGUACCGACGAUUAUGACGUUGCAAUCGAGGGACGAGUCGUCACGGCAUCGACUCCGAACCACACUUUUGUAGGUGUUUACUCGGUGAACUCACGGGCUGGACUCCGACGGAUACAUACGCGCGAAAUGUUCGACAACCGCUUGUCAGAAUAUCUGUGUGGUUUACGGGAUGAUGUCGGACGGGUCCGCCCGAUUGUUGUUCUCGGAGACUUCAAUGCAUUGUUCGACCUCAGUGCAGCGGGCAUUUCGCCGAAGGCACCGAGAACGGAUGAAAACGCAGAAAUAAUUCCAAGCUUGACGGAGCAAGAACAUCAUUUAUUUCACUCAGUCCUCGCAUUAACGCAUUUUCGGCGAGUUUCUGCAACACAGGUUGACAGAAAGGACGGCUGCACAUACACGUUCACCCCGCCUCGCUGCGAUCCAUCGAUCGGUUUUUCAUUGGACCACUUGCUUGUCCAUGGGGCCGUGCGUCGGGGACCGUCACUACAGUCCCGCUUUAGAUUCCUUCGACCCACGACUUGGGAAACACAAACUCCAGAACAGGAACCGCUAGAACUAGCAGUCUUGCAACCGGUGCAUAGCGAUCAUGGGUCACUCAUCACAUCUGUGGGCCACUAA